AUGGCUUUCAUUCACGCUCUGCCUGUUCGACCUAAGCAUACGCCUAUCCAAGCAAUAUUUCCGCGAGCCCAACGGCGUCACUUUAUCAACAAGGGAACCUUGUGCGUGCUGAUGAACGACACGACAAGCAACCAGACUGCUACGCUUUUCUCGGUUCCCGUGUCGAACUUUUCUGCUCGCGUUCGGUAUAUCAUCUACGAUAACAACCUGGACAUAAAAAUUGAACCUCCAGGUUCAUACCUGAAAACUUCGGAAUAUCGACAGAGAGUGCACAAGUAUGGCAAGUUCCCUGCGUUAGUGCUGCCCACGGGAGAGAGCAUCUGGGAAAGUGACGUCAUCGUCGAGUAUCUCCUCGACAAAUACGGACUCGGGGAGCGAUACCGGCCGCAGACUCCAGAGAAAAGAGCUCGCGCGCGUCUCUAUGUACGAGUGCACGAUCUGUACCUCACGACGAAUCAGGCGGUGCUGUAUCGGCCUACAAAUACACCUGCGGAGCGAGAGCAUGGGCUCUCGCAAAUCGAGCUACAUCUCGAUACACUCGAGACCAUGCUCACUGAGGACAAUACCAGACGUCAUGCCGUCGAAACGCAAAUGGUGACCCUCGCAGAUAUCGCUUUGGCGCCCACACUGGCGAUGUACGCUGCGAUCAUGCCCAAGUGGCAUCAUCGUCCGGUGUUCCGGAACCGUCCGCGGCUCCAGCAACUCCUCGAGGGAUUCCGAGCUUCCUCGGAGACGGCCGCUCGUGUGCUCGAGGAAAUUGAGGGCGGCGUUCAUGCCUGGGAGCAGAGCGGCCGCUUUGAACAGAUGGGUCUAUCGCCAGUCAAAGUGCCCAAUGCCUAG